CUGUCCAUCAAGAGAAGAAUUCCCUCUUAUAGAAACAGAGGACAAGGCCCUUCUGCGAAGACUCAAAGCUGAUAUCCAGCAGAAGGACAGGGAGGUGUUAGAGCUGCUUCAGGAGAGGGUCACCCUGUUCUCUGACUUGGCAGAGGUCAUGGGAGGUUAUGAGGUCAUGCUAGCAUCCUGUUCCAGAAACCUGUUCAGAGCCGAGUCUCCUCAGGCACCUCGCGGGGAACAGCUGCUCACACAGGCCAUAACUGAGGGUAAGACAGACAGGAUGAAGCAGGGCU